CGUCGAAAGAGAAUGGAGUCUACGUACCGAAGAUGAAGCCGAUCUUCCCAUCCAUCACUUUCGUGAAUCAUGAAUCCAUCGCCACGGGUCUCUACGCCGAGACUCACGAGAUCAUCGCGAACAGGAUCAUCGAUCCCGAGACGGGUGAACCGGUGUACAUGUUCGUGGACGGCGAGGAAUACGCUACUGCGGACCUUCGCAUCAUCCCCAUCUGGGUGACUAAUGAAGAGGCAGGGGAAGGAAGAUAUUCGGGGGCGAGUAUGUGGGCCGGAAGUAGUUUUCACUGGGGUCCAAAUGAAUCCCUUCCCACUCAUCGCACAGAUUACAACGAGAGUAUGCCAUGGGAAGAGCAAGUAGAAAUCGCUCUGUCCUGGUUCGUCGACCCGAAUCUGCCGGCCGAUUUCGUCAUCUUUCACUUGGAUGAACCCGACCACACGGGGCACGAAUACGGACCGGAAUCUUUGGAGGUGAAGGCGAUGGUGGAAGAGGUGGAUGCAUUGCUUGGAUACAUGGUGUCGCGACUUCAGACCCUCGGCUUGUUUGAGAGGACUAAUCUCAUCGUUCUCUCGGACCACGGGAUGCUGGGAGUCGAUCGUAACAUGACGUUGAACCUCGAGUCCAUCCCCGUCUCUCCCAAUGAUUACUUGCAUGCCACCAACUCACCCCUCGUGCUCAUCUACCCACUGGAAGGUAAAGAGGAAGAAGUGUAUCAAGGAUUCCUGACUGCAUCCAUGACGGAACCAUUCACGGUGUACGAAACGGAAAACAGCCCCGAGGAAUGGCAUUACGGACCCACAUUAUUUUCCCCACCAUUUUAUGUCGUUGCGGACAAAGGAUACACCUUCAAGGAUGAUUCCCGGUUACUGGAUACUCCCAAAGACCAGAGGAACGUGAUGAUCGGGGUCCACGGAUACAAUAAUUCCUUUCCCGAGAUGCAGGCCAACUUGAUCGCCCACGGCCCGGCAUUCAAGAAGGGCUACGUGUUUCCCGAGGAUUUCGUUUUCAACAAUAUCGAUGUGUACCCUUUGCUCUGUCACCUCUUGGGAAUCCAAGCUCGUCCAAAUAACGGAACGCUGGAGCACUCGCUGGACUUUCUGAUGCCAACUGGUCACGGUUUCAGGGACUCGAGCUUGAAGGUGUGAUCGAUGUCGGUGUGAUAUUCCAAGGCGGUUCUUUUGUGAGACGGAGCAAGUAUUUUGCGGCAGUAAUUGCAUGUAAUGUUUUGUCUAUAUUCAAAGUUUCUGUUUCACAUUUCGUGAGGUUUCUUGUACUAGCUCUUUACUGCAUUUCCCCUGGUUGUAGAUAUAUGCCAUGCC